GGUUUUUUCUUCAGUGUGAGUCGAGCAGUGGCGAGGGGAGGGUGCGCGCGCGUGGCCUCUCCCAGGGAGCUUAGUGGCAGAGCGGAGGCAGAAGAUGCAUUGGGUGAAUUAAUAGCCUGGAUUGCUUUUUCCAGCCUCCGAGUCUGCGCUUAGAUCCUUGUGUCCCCGAAAGCGCCUGUGUUUGGGUGGGGGUGGUGUGCGUGUGUGUGUGUGUGUGUGUGUGUCUGUCUGUCUGUGUGUGGAAAAUUUUUAGUUUUCGUUUUUUUUUAAAUUUUUGGUUGGAUUGGGUUGAGUUCUGAAGAUGUGGUGGUGAUGGUGAUGUGUUUGUGUGGUGAUUGGUGUGGUAGUGGUGCAGUGAGGUAAAUAAUGUAACCUAUACUACUACUACUACUACUACUACUGCAAGAAAAACGUGCAUUAGUGCUACAACAACAACAACGACAACAACAACUACUACUAUCACCACUACUACCACUGCUACUACUACGAAGACAAACAUGGAUUUUAUAAUACAAAAGGUCAACGGGCAGGACGUGAGCGGGCUGAGUCACACGGAGGCAGUGCAGGUGUUCCAAGACGCGGAGGAGCCAAUACUUGUGCAGGUGUUGCGUCGCCCUCACAACAACAACACUCAGCAACACCCGCCCUCCCCCCAGCCCGCCCCCCACACCCCCACCCUGCCCGGGGACGAGGGGGAGGUGGGGGCGGGAGGGGAGAAGGAGAGUGGGGAUGGUUUGAAUAACACGACUGGAACGCAAACUGAGAUCUCGCUGAUGGGCGUGAGCGAGUGGGAGGUGGCGGCGUCAGCGUGGGCGGCGGGCGUGGGCGUGGCUGUGGGCGAUGGGAGUGAUUCUGAUUCUCCUGACGGGGACUACAUCUUUCCUGGCGACCUGCCGCAGUCCAUCUCACAAUAUUUGGAACAGGAAAUUGACUUGGAGGAGAUCAUAUUGGAAAGAGGAUCAGCGGAGGAGAAGCUGGGUCUUACUCUUUACUACAGCAACGGCCCCCCGCGCCCCCGCCCACGCAUGUGCUGGUGUCGCAGAUUGAGCAAGGGAACCGUGGCGAGCAGGAAUGGCCGCUUGAGAAUAGGCGACCAAAUUCUGCAGAUCAAUGGUGUUGAGCUGACCACCAAGACACAGACAGAGGAGUUGUUCAGCCAGUGCGGCACCAAAGUCAGUCUACUCGUCUCCCGCACCCAGUACUAUGAUGAGGAUGACCUGGUGGAGGGCGAGGUGCUGGAGGACGUGGUGGAGGAAGAGGAAGAGGUGGAGCUUCUCGAGGCCAACUCAGAAUUCCUCACGAGCCGGUCCCCGGUGCUGUCUGUGAGGAGCAGCAACAGUGGUGACAGCAAGAAGGUCUCGCAGGAAGAUUCAGCACGUGCCAGCACCACCAGGUCCUCCUCCUCCUCGUCCUCCUCAUCCUCCUGUGAGCGCAAGCCUUCCAAGAGGGACUCCUCAGCCUCCUCCACCUCCUCCAGGAGUUCACAGGUGAAGGUUGCCGGCGCUGCCACCAUAGAUCGGGAGAUGGCUGCACUGGGGGAGAAGAUGGCUGAGCUAGCACAGGAGUGUGAGGAUAUGGAGGCAGGGAGGCGGGGUGGCCCCAGGGAGGUGGAAGCCCCAUACAAAGUUCCUCACGAAGCACAGCAGCAGCAGCAGCAGCAGCAGCAACGGCGAUCGCCAGCCAAGGGGUCGGUGUCGGGGCGGCCGCCAGCAAGGACACCACUGCCGGCUGGGUCAGAGUCAGAGCACAUCUAUGAGUCAAUCCCAGACGCCAGCGAGUCCGAUGAGCCAAUCUACUGCGUCCCAUACGAGCCAGGUGGCACGGGACGGCGCCGCACCCCAGCCCGGGCCAGCACACAGCCUCGGCCCCAGACUCAGCAAAAGAUGGCACCACCCCAGGCAGGCCGGGCUGGUCGGGGCAGCGGCACCAGCAGUAGCAGUGGCGGCAGUGUGCGGGAGCGACGGGCAGCUGAGCGGAAGCAGUCCGUGGAGAAGUGGGUAAGAGAGAAUCCUCAGCCACGCUCACCUCCUUCCACUAAGCCCUCCCCCACUCCACCAAAGCCCCAGGAGGAGCGGGACUCCUCCUCUGCCUACAACACUGGCGACUCGACAGGCAGCACCCACCAGGCCCCUGCCCUGGAGCUCAGCCUGGGUCAAGACCCCGCCCUGCGGCAGUCCACCCUCACCCUCUGCCCUCCCACACACGACCAAUCACUCCAGGUGAGCCUCGAGUCCGACACAUACUCCGCCAUCUCCUGCGACAGCUGCCGCCGCUGUAUGAGGCUUCCCCCACUGCAUGCGUCCCUCCCACAUAAGUCAGGCAGUGGUGGGCGAGGCCACGAGUCAGACCAGGCCUCCACUGUCCCCCAGCCGCCGCCCCACAAGCCCUCCGGCGCCCCACCAGACACGGAGAGCAACCGGAACUAUGUCACCUUCCUCCCAGCGCAGACCAUGUACACCAACGCAGCCAACCUGCAGCAGACCAUCUGGCUCCAGCAACAGCUCUUCCGGCAGGCGCUCAGCAGGGAGACCACUGCUCCCUCCACCCCUGCCACCACCCCCCGUGGCCUGCCACCCCGUGCCCCGCCGCGGGCCCACCAUGACCAACCCGUCAAGAUGGAGUGGAAGCUCAUCCAACAUGUCUCUCACUACCUUGAUGCCCAGCACAUAUUUCCUCACCCUCUCAUCCUCUGCCACACAGGUUCUUCUCUUCACUCUUGUCCCUCCUCUGUGUCUGUCUGUGGAUUGCUUUAUGUUGUGUGUCUGUCUGUGGAUUGCUUUAUGUUGGAAGAAAGUGUCUGCCAAAGUUUCUCUCCCUCAUGUACUCAGCUUUUCUUCUUUUGCCAGGUGAAGCGGAGGCCUGACGGCACACGGUACAUCACACAGCGGCCUGUGAGGAGCAAGAUUCUGAAAGAGAGAGCACUGAAAAUCAAUGAAGAGCGUGCCGGCCUCACCACCGACGAUGAUGCCAUGUCUGAGAUGAAGCUUGGCCGCUACUGGAGUCGAGAGGAGCGCAAGCGCCACCUGGAAAAGGAACGAGAGCGGAGACGGCGGCAUGAACUGCUGCGCCGCCAGCAGCAACAGCAACAGCAGCAACAGCAACAACAGCAGCAGCAGCAACAGCAACCACAACCACAGCCCCAGCCAACACAGCCUCAGGCACCCCCAGUGCACCUUCCCCAUGAUGACCCUGCGCCACCACCCCCCCGACCCAGCACCCUAGAGAAUGGCCUCCACCAGGCACUGUGGCGGGACCACUCCAGCAGGAGGAAGACCUCAGCCACCCUUGAUGCGUCCCACCGAAAGCCUCCCUCCUCCAGGAAGCGGGAGGUGGAGGAGCCAGCCUAUGGAGUGAGGACCCCCAUGGUGCCACUCAAUCCCCCCCCACCCCCUCACCAGGCCAGCCAGCAGAUGGUGAAGGGCCUCCUCUCUGUCACCACUGUCUGAGAAUACACAAAGACCUCGCGUCACACCAGUCACUUGUAGAUUUUUCCUUCCGUUAGAUCAUGAGUAAGGAGUCUCAACGGUGGACGUUUUCUGAUCCCUAAAGAUGAGGCGUUUGCUGUGGCCGGCUCAGGAAUCAUGAUCUGAGAGGGAGAAAACAAUGCACAUUGAGUGAGUGUCUAUGUGGUGACAUCAGUGUCUCCUGCCUAUUUAUUGCUAUGUCUUCUCUCCAUUAUUGCUUUGUGGUUUGUGAAGUAUGGUGGAUGUCUGACUGUAUCUCAAAGAAAGUAUACGUACAUAUACAUAUUACGUACAUUUCAAAGUUAGUGGCAUUGCUUCCUUCAGUUUUAGUUUCCUAGUAGAGUCAAGGGCUACACAAUAGCUUGGACAGCAAAGCAGACUUGACACAGCAGAGGACCAAAGAACCUCAUCUUGCAGAAUCCAAAUCAAAGUUUCCUUCAACUUGACCCCAAAAAUACUUUUAAGUAUUUAUGCUCAAUACUUACUAAUUUAGCAAUACAGUGACCACAAACUUGACAAAUCAAAAGAUCCUGAGGCAGAAUGAGAUUCAAAACCUUGCUAAUCUCACCAGACCUACACCAGUUUUAUAAGGAGUCGGAAUGGCCACGGCCAACCAGAGUCCACUUGUACCUUGGGUGCUCACUUUGGUCUGACUGGCGAGCGCUUUGCCUGGAGUUCACUCCCUGGCCAGGCUGGCUGUAUAUAUUUAUCACUGAAGCAACUGGAGACUGAGCACCUGGCAGGACGCCCACAGCCAGUUGAGCCAAAGUGAUCACCAAGACUCGAGUAGAUUCAGUCGUCCCUGACUGUCCUCUCACUGCUGCUCUCACUUGGCUUACUCAUUUACAUCACUCCUCCUACAACAGUUUAAAAAGCAAAUCUCUCACUACAAAGUUUCCUGAAGGAACAUUUUAAAAAUUCUAUACUUCAAAAUGUGAGAAAUAGGACUCAACCAUUAAAUGCAUUUAGAUAAAAAAAAGUAACAUUUACUGAAUUUCUAAAACUUGCACCCACACCAAAUGUAAUGGGAACAUUUAUAAAUUUAGGGAUUAGAUGUUCCCAGGACACUUUGUUGACUGGGAUCAGUAAGAGAAUGAGUGAUGAAUAAUUUUCAUUAAGAAAAAAAAAAAAAAAAAGCAUAGUGGAGACCUGUGUGUGUGCUGGCACUGCUUCACUGGCCAGCAGUGCUAAGACAAUGCUUCUCCUCCUGACCGAGGUCUUGUGUGUAUUCCUCUCUUGAUGGCUGGCAGACAGGCACCAACUUUGUGUACACCUGUGGAGGCAUAAUGACAGCUGGUUAAAGCUGAAGUAACCAAAUACAUCCCCUCCCUCCCACAUCAUCCUCCAUCUAGCAUCCCAGCUGUUACUAUUAGCUUGUAUAGUUCAAUCUAGUUUUCUUCAUAGGUCUCUUGUAAAAAAAAAGCAGAAGUCAUAUGUCUUGUAAAAAAGGCAGAGGUUUGUAUAGGAGAGAAUGGAGCAAUGCUAUGAAGAGAAUGGUGUGUGUAUUUGUAAAACAGGUUGAGGCUGUAAUUUUGAACCUGUUGUUGAGUGAUGCAGCAGGCACAAGACACCGUACUUGUGUCAUGUUGCCGAGUGAUAGGAACUGCUGACACAGGCUGUACUCACUCCUUACUUUGGACUGAUGCAAAGCACAGCCUGUAUUCUUGCCAUACUGAUGAGUGAUGGAGAAGACAAAGGAUGUAUCAAGUAUCUGGAAGUGACUGGUGGCAACAGAAGACUGUAUUCCUUUUAUCACAGGCUGUUUCUCUUACUGCAGUGGUGGAACGCGCACAGGUUGUUUUCUCACACCCUGCUUGCUUAGUGAUGUAGCUGGCAACACCCUGGAAAAAGAACAUUUGAAUGAAAAAGAAGCAAGCUUGUUCACGGCAUGUGGGUUCCUGUGUUUCCAGGUCCACACACACACACACACACACACACACACACACACACACACACACACACACACACACACACACACACACACACACACACACACUUGCAUCUUUAGAGAGCCUGGUGAGCAUUACACACUCCUGGCUUGAGUCCAUUGACAAGUAAUGUAUAUAUCACUGAAUGCUGCUCACUCAGCUCAUCCACACACACACACACACACACACACACACACACACACACACACACACACACACACACACACACACACACACACACACACACACACACACACACACACACACACACACACACACUAUCUAGCACAGGUGAUGUAUAGUGACAAUAUUCAAAGCUUUAAAGAAAUAUGUAGGAAGCAAUUAAUAGGAGACUGGAAAGAACAUGUGAAGCUCAAUUCUAUAAAACACAAAUAGGGAGGAACACACACACACACACACACACACACACACACACACACACACACACACACACACACACACACACACAUUUUGUACUUGGUGUUUAUGUGUGUAAAAGCAAAAAUUAGAUAAAAAAAAAAAAUAAAAAAAAUCAACAUAGCUACACACAAAUUCCAAACUGGUGGCGCUGAGCAUUUCCAAGUGCUGGUUAGGUUUUGUACUUCCCUUGAUUUUGUCUGUGCCGUGUGUAUCAAAACAGCAUCCAAGUUUCUGUGGCUUAGAAAAAAAAUAAAUAAUAAAAAAAGCAAUAUUGAGCACACUUGUGUUGUAUUCUUAAACUUUUGGUGCCUUCUCUUGACUACUUUCAACAGGCUGUAGUGGAAAUUCUAUGGGCUUUCAAGUAUGUUUUCAUGAUUGUAGUGAUAAUCUAAUAUGCAUUCUUGACUUUCAACAUGACAACAUUCAUGAAAACCCAAGUAGUCACUUCUGUGGCCUUUGAAAAUAGUCGUGAUGAAAGACGGAACAAAGUGUUUCAGAAUGCACGCCUUAUAUAGGUUCUCUUUUGUUGUUGCUCUUGCAAGGAUUAGUUUGCCUCAGUCUGACACCACUGUGUGUGUUGAGGCAGCAGCCGGAGCCUCCCUGGGCACUGGCUGCCGGCACUGUAACCACACCACUAGUCUCUCCCUUCUCCCUCCCCUUGGUGAUUUUUAAAAAUUUAUGCAUACUCUAUAUUGAUGUAUAUUUGUGUAUAGGAACAAAAGCUUUAUAUUGAAUAUGGCAAGUUAAGAAUAUGUUAUGCUUGAAAGUAAAUAAUUGAUAUUU